AAUGCAGCACAGGUCGUCGCUCAGUGAUGACGUGUCCCAAACAAAGCCGCUCAGAGAAAAAUUCUUGUGGAUAAAUGAACUAUUUUUAAUACAAGGAAUAAAGACAACAGUUGCAGCUAUGUCAGUGAAUUAUGCUGCUGGACUCUCUCCGUACGCAGAUAAAGGUGUCUGCGGACUGCCUGAGAGUUUCGACAGUUCUGAGGAACUAAAGGCAAAAGUGGAGACCCUUGCUCAGCUGAUUAAAGAAUCGGAGUACUUGGUCGUCCACUCUGGAGCUGGAAUUAGCACCUCAUCAGGCAUUCCUGACUUCAGAGGUCCCAAGGGUGUGUGGACGCUAGAAGAAAAGGGUGAGUCACCUCACUUUAAUACCACAUUUGAAGAUGCCCGCCCCAGUUUGACUCACCUGGCCCUCCUGGGACUGCAAAGGGCAGGAUACCUGAAAUACCUCAUCAGCCAGAAUGUCGACGGGCUGCAUGUUCGAUCAGGCUUCCCCAGGGAUAAACUAUCAGAGCUUCAUGGAAACAUGUUUGUGGAGGAAUGCGAGAAGUGUGGCAGGCAGUACGUGAGGGAAAAGGUGAUCGGUGUGAUGGGGCUGAAACCGACAGGACGUUACUGCGAGGUGGUGCGGUCCAGAGGGCUGAGGGCCUGCAGAGGAAAGCUGAUCAGCACCAUACUGGAUUGGGAGGAUGCUCUGCCUGACAGAGACCUGAACAGGGCAGAUGAUGCAAGCAGACGAGCAGACCUGGCACUGACUCUGGGCACGUCCAUGCAGAUCAAACCCAGUGGGGACCUCCCACUCCUCACAAAGCGCAAAGGAGGGAAAGUGGUUAUAGUCAACUUGCAACCAACCAAACAUGACAAACACGCCCACCUGCGUAUCAACGGUUAUGUGGACGAUGUCAUGAAGCAGCUGAUGGAGCUGCUGGAUUUAGAAAUCCCAAAAUGGGAGGGACCCGUCAUCUGCGAGAGCUCCACUUUCUCACCCGAGACCACCGCUGAUGUCAAGCCUCCUCGCGGCAUGUCUGCAAAGGACAAAGUGAAAAAGGACAAAAUCAAGGAGGAAAGGAAAAGGGAAGCAACGCAGCCAACGGAGGACGCCGGCGUGAAAGACGAGACGGUUUCAGUAAAGCGAGAGCGAGCAGAUUUUUCCGCGGAGACAGACGAAAAGGAAUAACCUCUGGAUAUUUUUUUGUUGUUGUUGUUCUUCCUCAGGACUCGUCAAAACCACAAACACAAACCCGUCCAGAAGCUUACUCAUGAGCUGAAAGUCUGAUCAUCUUCAGAAAUAACAUUAGUCUCUUAUUUUUCUAUCAUCUGGAAGGAAAACUUCUGUCGUAAUGUUUUGGGGUUUUUUCUUAAAUGAUGAAACCUUUCAGACACCAUCUGACUCAGGCUCUCAUAAAGCCUCACUAAUUCAUGCUUGUUUGGAAGCGUUUCUCCUAAUGAGAACACAGCUGAAAGCAGACACCCUGAUGUAAAAUGUUUCGGGGGAUAUUUUGUACUUCAUCCAGCUCAGAGCCUUGUUUCUCCGGGAGAACAAGUCUAACAGGACAGUACAACGAGACGAGAUCUGGAGCAUGUCGUUAUAGAUAAAGUUUUUAAUAAGGUGUGUAAGUUUGCUGCACCUUAUUAAUAUUUAUAGCAUGCGCUCCAGAUCUUGUCCCUGCAGAUCUCGCCUUUUAAGUCUCCUUGGUUUGAUACAUUAUGAAAAGGAAUAUCAAGUGAGCUGCUUCUCCAAGUCUGGCUGACUAGUAGCUACAGUGCAAACAUGCAGUGGGGGCGUGAGGUGAGGUGGGGUGUGCUGGGAUUUUAGGUCAUGUCGGAUUUUCGAACCGUGAUUGAAUCAUAAUCAUGCUGUGUGUGUCUGAGAACGAGGUCUUGGAAGUUGUGCUCUCCAAGAAAAUGUUACUUUUAAGAUUGUUGUUUUUACACCCUGGGCUGUAUAUCUGUAAACACAUUUAGGGAGUAAAAUCAUAAACUUUGCGUAAAACCUGUCUCUUCUCUUGUGUACCGUCUCGGUUGUUGCAGUUUAGCGAGAGACAGAACUCGUUCUCUCAUCUGAAAUUGUUUUUCAGAUAAUAAAAACAGAUUCAAACCUCUGCAGACUUACUUCCU